CGGAAACGGUGCUUGUUUUUAGCACAUGCGCAGUUCAGUGGGAGGAAAACCAUCAGAGCUAAACGUCGGCAUUAAACUGUAAACAUUAGCGAUCAAGGCGACUUCUGUCCACCGCCGGAAUGGAAGCACAAGGUUAAUUGCAAGGUGUGGAGCUCAACAUUGUUCUUUAGUGCAUGGACGCAAAGCCAAUGCGCAGGGCCACCAGCGCACGCCAAGACGCCACUGGAAUGGACAUCACCAGCCGCUGUACUCUGGGGGACCCCAACAAGCUCCCUGAAGGGGUCCCCCAGCCCGCGCGCAUGCCCUAUGUCUCAGACAAACACCCGCGACAGACUCUGGAGGUGAUCAACCUGCUGAGGAAGCACCGUGAGCUCUGUGAUGUGGUGCUGGUGGUGGGCGCAAAGAAGAUCUAUGCUCAUCGGGUCAUCCUGUCAGCCUGCAGCCCAUACUUCAGGGCAAUGUUUACGGGGGAGCUGGCAGAGAGCAGACAAACUGAAGUUGUGAUUCGUGACAUUGAUGAGAGGGCCAUGGAGCUGCUCAUUGACUUUGCCUACACCUCACAGGUGACAGUGGAGGAGGGGAAUGUUCAAACGCUGCUCCCUGCCGCGUGCCUCCUUCAACUGGCGGAGAUCCAGGAGGCAUGCUGCGAGUUCCUCAAGAGACAGCUGGAUCCCUCCAACUGUCUGGGAAUCAGGGCAUUCGCCGACACACACUCCUGCCGCGAGCUGCUCCGAAUCGCUGACAAGUUCACCCAGCACAACUUCCAGGAGGUGAUGGAAAGUGAAGAGUUCAUGCUGCUUCCUGCCAAUCAGCUGAUCGACAUCAUCUCCAGUGAUGAGCUCAAUGUUAGAAGUGAGGAACAAGUUUUCAAUGCAGUGAUGGCCUGGGUCAAGUACAGCAUCCAGGAACGCAGGCCACAGCUACCACAGGUCCUACAACACGUCAGACUUCCCUUACUGAGUCCUAAAUUCUUGGUUGGCACUGUUGGAUCCGACCCACUUAUAAAAAGUGAUGAGGAGUGCAGAGACCUGGUUGAUGAGGCCAAAAACUACCUGCUGCUGCCUCAGGAGAGACCACUGAUGCAGGGACCCAGAACUCGACCCAGGAAACCCAUACGAUGUGGAGAAGUACUGUUUGCAGUUGGUGGCUGGUGCAGUGGAGAUGCCAUUUCCAGUGUAGAGCGGUAUGACCCACAGACAAAUGAGUGGAGGAUGGUGGCCUCCAUGAGCAAACGCAGGUGUGGGGUUGGGGUCAGCGUCCUGGACGACCUGCUGUACGCCGUGGGAGGACAUGACGGGUCAUCAUACCUCAACUCUGUAGAGAGGUAUGAUCCCAAAACCAACCAGUGGAGCAGUGACGUGGCUCCGACCAGCACUUGCCGCACCAGUGUGGGUGUGGCUGUACUCGGAGGUUAUCUGUACGCAGUUGGUGGACAAGAUGGAGUGUCCUGUCUAAAUAUUGUAGAAAGGUAUGAUCCAAAGGAAAACAAAUGGACCCGUGUGGCCUCUAUGAGCACCAGGCGGCUGGGUGUGGCAGUGGCAGUACUGGGAGGAUUUCUGUACGCGGUGGGAGGGUCUGAUGGGACGUCACCGCUGAAUACAGUAGAGCGUUAUAAUCCGCAAGAGAACCGCUGGCACACGGUCUCCCCGAUGGGUACCAGGAGGAAGCACUUGGGCUGCGCGGUGUACCAGGACAUGAUCUACUCUGUGGGGGGCAGAGACGACACCACGGAGUUGAGCAGUGCUGAGCGAUACAACCCCAGGACUAACCAGUGGUCUCCGGUGGUCGCCAUGACGUCCAGAAGAAGCGGGGUGGGCCUUGCAGUGGUGAAUGGGCAGUUGAUGGCAGUAGGAGGCUUUGAUGGGACAACGUAUUUAAAAACUAUAGAAGUAUAUGAUCCAGAUGCCAAUACAUGGAGGUUAUACGGAGGAAUGAACUACCGGCGUCUUGGUGGAGGUGUGGGCGUGAUCAAAAUGACUCAUUGCGAAUCUCACAUCUGGUAACAUCUGCUCCCCCCGCUCUCACACUCCUCCCCUGCCCUCUGCUCACUGUGCGGACGCCUCUCUUCACUGACUGUUGUGCCUCCGAGCACGGACACUGCUUCCUCAUGAGAGCCCUGUGUGAAAAGGGGGGAUAAGAUGGACACCAGAACGAACUUGAAAAGCAUCUUCUUGACACUAACUUGACACUCCAAAUGGGGUCUCCUCGGAUUAGAUUUCCGAAAGUUUUUAUUGACACAAUUUAACUUAACUGUGCUUGUAAAGUCCUGUGAUUGAGAACUGCCUUAGAAGCAAGUAUACUAUGAGGACUUUUUUGUCGACAAGACAUUUUUUCAGGCUGAGCAUUAAUGAACGCCCAUAUUUUUCAUAUUUCUUAGUUUGAGAUAAGAUUUUUUUUCCCCCAACCACACAAAGAUAUCAGUCCACGGCAUAAAACAGAGGUUACAAUUUUCAGAUUUUCAUUCUAGAUUAGACUAAAGCAUACACUUAAGAUUUGGUAUUUUUGUGUAGCAUUCAGAAAGCUGCCAGGCGGUUUUCUUAUCACAAAGCUGUUGAUGAUUUUAAAAGCAGCAAAAUGAGUACUACAACAAACCAUGGACUAAGAUGUUCAUCCACGUGUACAUUUGAACAAUGAGCUCCCAGCAUUAGUUCAUCAGGCUGUGAAUACUCCAUCUAUAAAGAGGAUUUUGGUGAAACUGGUAAAACAUUUCAGGUCUGGUGGCGAUGCAGAAAUUAAAAGUUGAAUACCGUAAAUUUCUGAUUAUUGAGCGCACCUGAAUAUAGGCCGCACUUGCAAAAUUUUAAAAGAAAACACAUUUUGUGCAUUUGUAGGCUGCACUUGAAUAUAAGCUAAUAUUUACACAGAAAGAUGGUACACAGAGGUUUUUUGGAGUUUUAAUUUAAGUUUUUUUUUUUUUUUUUCAAACUGUGCCUGAAAAUUGGCACAGUACGGCAUCAACACGGGAUGAACAUACCUGCAUGUUUUGAAAAUUCAUUAAUACCAAGCUUACGGGCAGUGGCUUUAUUUCCUUCUUUUCCCCACAUUGUUUCAUUUUUGCGUUUACUGCCAGAGAGUGCCCCUUGGUCGCCGUUAGCCAGUAAAAAUCUAUAAAUUAGCCACACUGUUGUAUAGGCCACAGGGUUCAAAGCAUGGGGAAAAAGUAGUGGCUUAUAGUCCGAAAUUUACGGUAAGUGCUUGAGACAGGAAAAGGAAUAAUUAUAAUGGUCUAACGUAAACACAAUUUAUUAAAAAAAAAAAAAAAGGCUUCUUGUAAUGAAAAGGUGGCAUUGGUUCAGUUAUUUUCUGCAUAAGCUUUGUCACUCAAAAUUGAUCAGUCAUCUCAUUGUUUUGUUUGUAUGUAGCUUGAAAAUCAAUGAGAAAUCUCAAAACUAGCUUUACACGAUGCAUACAUGUUGCUUAAUGAACCUUGAGAGAAAUUGUGCACCCCGGCAAGUUGGUCAGUGAAAUCUCCAAAUAAUCAAAUCACCAGUGUUCACAUCUUAAAAUGGAAGAGGCGUGCGAGGAAUGGUGUCUGACAACAUAAAAACUUCAUCACUUUAUUAGAAUUGCAUUAGUAUUUUAAGGGGUCAUAACUGCUGAGAUUUGAAAACUUAUUGUUGUGUUUACUUUAUCACCAAAUGAAUACAAGACUGUUACACAUUACAAAUUUAAAUGUUGUCCCUGUUUUCAAUACAGUGUAAGGAUCCCCCCUCCUGUUCAAUAGAUGAACUGUAAUGCUGGUUUUAGAUGAAGCUCUGAAGCAUUUUUGGCCCAUGAUUUUGUGCUCAAUGUGAAAAUAAGUGGAUUUGACAUGGGCACAUGGUUUACAAUUGCACUUUUUGGCAAUGUUGUUUUUUUUUCUCUGAUUUUAUGAGUGAUUAGAUGGAGAUUGGGCUCAAAUUUUGGUGGGUGUAAGUAACAUUUCAGAGAGAAUGAUGCAAAGCAAAGAGUUGCUCAUUCAAGACAUUCUGCACUUUACGUUUUGUGCUUUGGAAGUGAAUGCUACACAGAUGUUUUUAUGCAUUGUACCCAGUGUACUGUAUAAUAGGUCACAUAAAUAUCUUUUGUUGAAUGCUUUUAAGUAGUUCAGCAUUUGGAUCAAUAACUUCGGAAAAAAGUAACAUCCCAUGCUGUAUCUUUACCAAAAUAUCUCCAACUUCCAAGUUUACAAGUGCUACGAAAACAAAAUGACAAUACUAUCCUGAUUAUUUUUGUAGUUUAGUUGAAAGUGAAGUAUUGUGUUUUUGUUGUGAAUGAUGAGGGACAACAACAACUAAAUUUAGCACCAUUAUCACAAUUUGAGUAACUGUCACUCAUAACGCGUGUUUAAUAUGUGGACUAUAUGAUAUUUUACCCACAACUACUAAAGUAAUGUAUAUCUGGUAAUUGUAAAAUCCUUAGUUUAAUACAAAAUGUUUAUUAUAGAAGUUUGAACAAAAUUCCAUUGGCCUUGCAUCAUUUAUUGUACAUGAACUUGGAAAACCUUUUUUUUUUUUAUUUGUUUUGGCCAUCUGUUUUACAUUAUCCCCUCAAGUGUUAUACUGUCAGUGUGAUUGUAUGGAACAGAUAAUGGUCAAUUUUUUGUAGCCUGUAAAACUUUAUAAAGAAAUGGCACUCUAGCAACAGCUCUGCAUCAGUCACCAUGUCCACUGUAAAAUAAAAACGACAUAAAACUGG